AUGCUAAAGCAAUGCCUUGACGGUGCACGGAAGAAAGGCCGUGGAGAUGCUGACCUCUUGCUUGAGACGAAGGUCUUGAAGCAAGCGUGCCCCGACAAGACACCCCGCGCAGCAGAAGGGCUCCUGGACGGAAGGUUGAAAUUGAGAGAUCCUCCGGGCCAGAAUGAGGGAUCCUUCCAGCUAUGGCUGGAUGCCGACAGCGACCGGGCCAGCAGGUUUGUGAAUCUCUUGCAGAACGCAGGGCAAGUGACCAGGAGGAUGAAGAAGCUGAUGGAACGCCGAGCCCAAGAGUGCUUGAAGCGCGGUGCGCGGUUGUGCAGCACUGGUCCUGUGGUUCCUGCCAGGUCGAGAACCGACUCCGACUUGCCAGCCUUUUAUGUGGUAGAGGACACAUUUGCACAGCUGUGCCGGAAGUUCGGUGCUCAUGAGGCAUAUGUUCGAUUUGGGCCUUCGUACCUGUCAAGCACGAGCCAUAAAAGUGCAGACAUCGGUUUCAUGGAAGAGCCUGAACGGUCAUUUCAUGCCAUUGAGAUGGGUGGUGCCAUUAUCGACUGUCCCACACAAGAUGCACAGUGUAAGGCCUCGAGCAGCGGAAUGGGCCACGAGCCAAUCCAGGCCUUGGAAGUGCAGAAGGGGUGGCACCCCCAGAUUUCCUUGGAAGAGUUCCACGCGGGCGGUUCCUGGUGGGAAGUAGACUUUGGGCGAUGGCACAGCUGUGGUGGCGUACGUCUUCAGUGGAUCCUGCCACAAUUGAAGGAGGUGAAGUACGAGACUCGCUAUAUCCUGCUGUCGGACCUGAGAUUGGAGGGUGGUCUUGGGCGACCAAUCGUUGUUGGGGCAGUCGGCCAAGGCGGACCAGCUUUCUUGGCUGGAGUGCUGCCGGGAGAUGUGCUCCAACUCGAUGCAGGGGGGGAUGGUGAUGCUGCAUUCCUGGAGCUGCCACCUAUGGCAGUCUUGACACAGCUACAAGAAGAGGCGGUUCAAGAACCAGUGCGCUUCUUUUUCAAGGCACCACAACAGCAGGGCCUUCAUAUCACCAAGCAGAAGCUACAGGUCACCGUGUUGGCGUGCAAAGCUGGGACGAACUUUGAGGAAAUCCAACAGCAGGAGAUCACCAUCUCUGAGAAGCCCAACGUGGUUCCUGGCUUCUUUGUCGCCCGCCAUGUUCGCUUGCACUUUGCUGGUGGUGCUUGGCCACAAGUGGACGGCAAGGCCUUGUCCCUUUGUGUGGGCGUCGUGAAGGUGUGGCGCUUGGCUCCGCCGUUGUUCCGGCAGCGUUUCCUGGAAAUCUUCCGGAAGCUCGAGAGGAAAGCGAAGAAGGCCCACAGCAUUUCCGCGGUGCCCAGGUUUUGGUCUACAGCCGUGCACGGCCAAAGCUUCAACAUGGUCAUCAACAUGGAUCUGGUCAGACAUUUGCAGAAAAGCCAUGACUUCAAGGGGGACGACCUCCGGGCAUUGCUGAAAAUGGCUGUGAAGGACAAGAAGGAGUUUCACGUCCUGCACACGGAUGAAGCCAUGGCCUUACGCCAGAGGAUCUUUGCCAAGGGGGAGGAUGCUCGCGAGUGCACCUUCCACCCACAGGCAGCCGCAAAUGUCCCGAAGCAUGUCCUUGACGUGGAGCGCUUUAAAUACAAGGGUAUGGAUCCGGACAUAAUGACUGAUAUCGAUGACUUCCUCAAGGACAUUGGCACGAACUACGAAGGUCACAAAUAUCCUAAGUAUCGUGUGCAUCGGCUUCACUUGCUCUCGCAGGCCAAGACGCUGUAUUACAAAGGGGCCUUGAACGACGCCCUGACAAAGCUGAAAAGUGGGGUGCAGCAGAUCUUGGAUCGCUUUCGGUGUCACCACGAGGGCUGCGGGCAAAAGUUGGACAAGUUGCGAAAUCUCGACAAGUGCAAGUUUUGCUCGGGCUUCUAUUGCGGCAAACACGAGGCCCCUGCGGUGCACAGGUGUCAAAAGAUGAAAGAAAUCAUCAGGGCCAAGGCCAAAAAGGAAGCUGCAGAAGAGAUGAACGCGGACAAGAGUCGGCCGCCGGAGGAGAAUUUCGACAACAAGGUGGAGUUUGGACUCCUCUUGGAGGCGCGUGAGCUCGCAGAAAAGAUCAUCAGUGACCUGGAGAAGAAGGAGAAGCAAAAGAAUCACUUGGAGCAUUUGGGUCAAUCCUUAGCGUCCUUUGGAGCUGUCCGGCUCCUGGAGAGGCCCUUUCGACGGCAGAUCUGCCAAUCGGUGCUGGAGCGACGUAGGGCUGCCUCAGAGGCACGUGCCGCCCGUUUUGGAUGCCAUUCCGCCAGCGCUCGAGAUUUUAACUGCAAGUGCCCGAAGGCUCAUAGUCCAUCCGAGCUACGCUUUCCUGCCGCUGAGUCUGUUCCGCGUCGAUUAGUUUGGGUGAAGCAGGCCAUCCACCGAGCGGUGAGCAAGUCCGACGUGAGACCCGGCUCUUCAGCCGAGCGGAGCAAGAUCAAGAAAGAGAAUGAGAAGAAGCCACCUCCGCCACCGCUACCACCUUCGGAAGGCCCUGACGCUCGAGGCCGGACGCGAAAACGCUCCAAGCCCAGAGCAAGGCUGCAGCUGCAGAAGCGCUUGGAGGAGAAGGCCGCCGAUCUGCAACAUGCCUUCGGCCUUUGUUGCGAAGCACGGGUGAAGCUGGAGGAGAACCUUGCAGCAGAUGCACAACAGUUGGUGCAGCAGGCCAAACACCUUUCUGAAGAGAGCCUGAAAGAGGCACUAGCUGCUAUGCAUCAACUAGGUGACUUUGCUGAAGUUGAGAACAAAGCCUUCCGGGACUGCGAAAAGCAGGAGCUUCAGCAGAUGCAAGUGUCACUGCAAAAAGAGGCUCAAGAAAUGCUGGAAUUGUGCGAGAUGCUUGAGGAGGAGGCGGCAGUACGUAGGAGCAACUGA